UUUGCAAAUCGCCUUUUCUCUGCCAGGGGAUCACCAGUGUCACAGGCUGUGAACCAAUGUGGAACCGGCUCCCGAACAGGUUUUUCCUCAGUUUCUUUCUCUCUUUCUGUGUCAUUUGCUCUUCCUCUCCCUCCCAUCGUUCCUCAGGUAGUUGAUGCUGUCACCCAAUCCAACUGCCGGCGACUCCCAGCCCUCACAGUGACUCAACGUGCGACUCACGGAGCAAAGAGGAGAUGACAUCAUCGACUGGCUGGCUGGCAAACAGCCACCAGAGAACCUCAGGCUUCACCUGACUGCCUUGGGCCUCCUGUUCUCUGACCUCGCCUGGUUAAUCUGUCAGUGUAAAGGAAGGACCCUUUUCACACCUGCGGAGAGCUCCUCACUGAAGCACUGGACCGGGAAAGCCUUUGAGGACAAGGCGACAGUGGCAUUGGGGUCGGAUACAGAGCGGCUUCAUCUGAAAGGAUUGAGUGUGGUGAAGGGAAGAGGUUCAGGCCGACUUGAUUAUCCUGAAGAACUAUUUUAUUUUUGACAGUUGGAGUUCUUCUCUGGCUCUCGUGUUUACGGAAGGCGCCGUCUCCAGAGACUCCAUUUUUGUGUCGGGGUUGAAGCACCAUGAUCUUCCCUAGCUGUUGAACAAGCCUUAUCAUGUCACAAAGGAUCCUAUCGGCUUUACAAGCAGCAGUCAGAGCGUAGCUUUUCCGAGCUGCCUGUUUGUGUGGGUGUCAAAAGAGUCUGGUUGUUACGCCAAAAGAAAGUUGAAGACGAGAUGCUCUUAGGAUUUACCUCUUUGUGAGAGCCACACAUUGAUCGACAGACGAUUGGAGCAGGAAAUAAAGACAAAUACGUCCUUCAAACACUAACUUUUUUAAGUGUAUCACAACAAAGCUUGCCAAGAUGCCACUAAGGACCACUUUUCGGAAGCAGUAUUCAGGGAGAUGGAGAUUGAACUCAAAGCACCGGGAGGUGUUGUCCGUCAACAUGAUCAGCCUACCCUUGGCCGAUUUCCGGCACGUCUCCCACAUUGGAAACAACGCCCACACGGACAGCUUUGGGGACCUUUCCUUCUUAAAAAAGGGCCACAGCCUCCUCUUAAAAAGCUCUCAAAGUGAGCAGAACCUCUUUCUGGCCUGCUCGCCGCCCCCCAAGCCCCCUCGCCUCAACCUGGACGAGGAGGCCCCUGGGAACCCGGGGUGGGACGGGGCACGCCAUGCCCCCCAGAAGAGGAAGAAGUGCAGCUCUCUGCCCCUGCUGGACACCGAGGAGAUGGAGGAGGAGAUGGACGGCAUGAUGGAGUACCAGCACAGGGCCUCCAACCUGAGGCACAGUCCCAGCCAAGGCAGCCUGAGCUCAGAGCGCGACAGGGACUCCAGCGCCACCUGUUCGGAGGAUGUGGCCAGUCAGCCGAAGGAGGAGGAUAGCAGCCUCUCCUUCAGCCUGGAUCUUGGUCCUUCUAUCCUUGAUGAUGUUCUCCGGGUGAUGGAGAAUCUGCACCAUUGAUGGAGAGGACUAUUUCUUUAAUGUAUUUGUCCUAUCAGUGUGAUUCGAUGUCGCUGUACAAACUGAAUGUAUCUAUCUAAUAUUUUGGGAUAAUGUCAGAUUCUAAUAAUGGAAUGUUUUUUUUUCCCAUUUCAAAGUAAAGGACUUUAUGAACAAAAAGUCCACCGCACAGAAGUCGCUCUGGUUCUGGUAUAGAGUUUUGCCCUUCCAGAGCAGACUGUGGACAAUUUAUGUUACCCUAGGAUGAAUAAACCACAUGUUACAUGGCUGCAGCUUAGUGUAUGUGAAGCAAGCGUGCAAAGAAAAAGCAUUAACUUUAACGCAAGAAAUGGUGCAAAAGAAUGCAUACUUGUGGACCAACAACAUUGGUGGAACUAGUGUGAUCUUGUAUCGUAAAACCUAUAAUAAUCACUGGUUGUGAGAUCCGACUAGGUGCAACUGCCAAAUGCACAUCAGGUGUGGGGUUUCCCCAGGGGGGGGAGGGUCCAAGGGCCAGGCCCAGGCAGCAGAAACAAGUCUACACAAAACAGAGUCUGCGGUCUAUUUGUUGUCGUUGUCUGUGAUCCUCAGAACUGUUCAAACAUAAACCCAAUCACCCGUGGAGACGUGAGCUCAAACAAAUAAUAAAAAGUUAAUGUUCUUCUAACAUAACCCGCUACAGCGGAAGAGGCUGUUAAUAGGUGAGCUCCUUUAUUCAUCACCUCCAGCCCGUCUGCACAGAGCCAAGAGGAUUGUUGUGACUCCAGGCUGUCAUUUUUAAGUAACCGUAGGAAGCAUGCGGACGGAAUGCGAGGCCCACGAGUGAUGUCUUUUUCUCUCGGCGUCCUUGCCAUUCCAACGUGUGCCUGGGGCAAUUACUCCUCUGCACGCACCCCAGAGGCCCCACUCAAAGGUAGACCAAGGUACCCCCCCCCAGUUUCCAACCUCAACAACACAGUGAAAACAAACAUUUACCUCUGCUUCCAAUAAAAGGCAGCUGCUGGUGGCAGCUCGGGCCUCAACCCAAACCAGGCCUCAGGCCCAAGACCUGAGGCAAAAAGAAAAAUAUCAAGAAGGCUGUUUUCUUAGCUGUGAGUCGGUGUCCCAUGCUCUUGUGAGUGGCACGAGAGAGGGAAAGUGGUAAGGGGUAAUGCGAUACUUCCACAUGUGCAGGGGGCCGUGGUGGGAGGGAGACCAGAGACAUCCAUUGCUACAAGCAGGAUCUCUGAUGAGGGAUUAAACACUACCUGCUGAACAAACACCACCAAAAUAAAAAAAGGAUGGAUUCACGCACGCACAUGUGAAAGGACGGGCAUUCAGAGGCCCUUUUGCCUUAUCGACACCCGACGUGCAGACUUUUCAGUCGAUUCAGGUGCAGAAUCGGCCAGACCCUUAGCACAGACAGUGAUGGAGACUGUUCCCGAGGAGCUGUCACGACAGCCGCAUGCAGUGUUAGUUCCCUCCUGGGGUCUUGUCGAAAGACCCACCCCCAGUGGUGCGCCCCCCUGAUGGAGGUCAAGUGACAGACUUGGAUUUGAUGCAAAACCCAAUGGACACAUUUGUUGGUGUGUUUGUACUUUACAUCUCUCUAUCGCUCCAUGAACCGAAUUCUGCUCGUUGUACUUUUUUCUUUUACCCAUAACCCGUUGGGAACAUUCCUGCAUUUGAAUCUGUACCACUUUUAUAUUUUUGAAAAUAAAGAAAACAAUCUUUCGAAUUCCAAGAUAUGUGGUUUUGGGGAAGGAGCUGUUUUGAACAAUAUUUUAGAGACCUCGUCUCCUGUUGUUUACAUAAGCUGUGUGCUCGACUGACAUUAGCUUGGACUUCUAACACUGAGUUGCUUCUAAGCAUGUCCUAGGAUUUGUAGUAAAGCUACAAGCCCCGGAUUGGUAGAAAUGUGGCUGGCUUGCCCUUUAGUGCACUCAGAUAUCUAGGAGGUGGCGUUCAAUGACAAACUAGGGUGUGGCUGGACUGUUUAUUCACACUACAACUCACCACUCCUCCUACAAUGUCUCGACAGACUUGUUCUGGAUGAAUGAAACCUGACAGUUAUUCAAAUUGUCCGACAUGUCUACACCUGUAAGAGAACGUGUACCUGUUAAACGGCUCAAAUCAAUAGCUGUAAGCAUUUUCACUUCAAAAGUUAAUUGCCUGAUAUAUGCCAUUUCUACAUAAAAACAAAUAUGAAAGAUUGUCGUUUUUCAAAAAACCUAUAUACCGGUAAAUAUUUUAAAUGCAAAGUAUGUCAAAUGAACAAAUGAAAGUCAUGAAAUUAUGGUAAUUCUGUUUAUGUAUUCACAUGAAUGGAAUAAUGUUUCAUCAAAUUCACUUUUUAUUCUUCUUUACAAAUGUCAUAGGUGUAAACCGAUAUAGCCAGCCUAUGUGUGCUAAACCUAUGGUUGUAACAAGAGGAGAUGGCGACAUAAGACGGACGGAAAUCUUUGGCUCCACGGCCACGAUAAUCACCACAUGAUUCAACAAGACACCUCUUUGAGUGAUGAAGAAUAAGAAUGAGGUGAUGAAGAAUAAGGGCACAAAUAAUCAACCUUUGAUGUUGUUGUUGGAUAGACUGUCAAAGUAUUUUAGACUGUGGAGCAUCGCAGUUGAAAAUCACAUCUGGCAUUCACUUUUGGCCCAAAUGUGCAAUCAUUGAUAACCUUAUCCUCCUGUGAAUACAUCUGGCAGCACGGCUUAAUGCUCAACUAUGCAGCAAAGAGCUACAGUAUUCACACACGCUCUUUUAAUGAAUCCAAUAAUAUCUCUAAUGUCAAGACAUAUUAUUUAACUAGGUUUCUCUCUCAUUUUAUAAUGUGUUUAAGAGGCCUAGCCAAAACAACACUGCCAUUCCUUUCACACGAUAUGCGUGAUGAAACAUAUCAUAAGA